UAUGGAGAUGGAUAAGUUAUGUAUGCAGACACAGCGAUGCUGACAGGUGCCCUCUCGCCAGCACUGGGCGGCGGGAAUACAGCGCGGCAUGCACACCUUGCAGCGGGCAACUUUAUCUUCCUUGUAAACUAGCAGUGGGCAUAGGGGAGAGGCCAGCGCCGAGCACAGUGCCAGGCGGGGAGCGAGUGGGAGCGGGGCUGCAGAUCCCGGGGAUACUGUGUCCUGGAUCCACCCCUGGCUGCUGCUGCUGCUGAGAUCACUGGAGACAUUCAAAGCAGCAGCGGAUCAAGUGCAUUGUCCUGUAAUCGAUUGCCGAGCGCCAGCCUGUGUGCACUGGCCGUGUGUCUGGGGAAGGCUGGUUGGCGGCUGCUGGAUCCGUUUCUCUGGGUUUGACCAGCUGUCCCGGGCUAACCCCUGCCGCCUGGCUGGCUCUGCUGCUGCUGCUGCUGAAGAUGGAGGAAGUCAGAGCUGGAGGAUUAUUACCUUGCUAGCACCAGCAGCGGCAGCGCUGCCCCGGCGCCCACACUCAGCCCCGCCGCGCAUAGGGAUGGCAGUGUGGCCCCGCAUGCACUGCUGAGUAUCUGCUUAAUUAGCAAAGCCAUGCUAUGCAGUUCAUGGAGACGAACGACAGCAAAGCUUUUGAGAGGGAGUGUCAGUUUCCCAAAAACUUAAAGCAGACAGACUCCUCUGGAGUUCUACAUCCUAGGAAGCGAAAGGCAUGGAUCACGGCAGGCUACCCAGUUAUAUGCCCAGUACAGCAGAAGCAACAGAAAAAUCACGGCUUUUUUACUAUGGAAACAGAGAGACCUGAUGGAUAUGUGACUAGUGAUAAUGAGCUUGUGCCCGAGAGGGAGCAUUCAAACAUGGCUAUAGACCUGACCUCCUGUGCACCGAAUGGACAGCAUUCCUCUCCCAGCCACAUGGCAAGCACAAACUCUGUGAAGCUGGAGAGGCACAGUGAUGAGGAAGGAGAGCGGAAGUCCCUUCGCCGAGACACAACGCCGCUCCAGUCACAGGAUGAGGAGAGCGGCCUAGAGGAGCCAUUAGCUGAAACCAACGGGAUCUCUGACAGCCGCAUGAGCCAGGAGUUGUCUCUGGACGGCAGCAUCCGGCUUCCGAAUGGUAAACUGAAAUGUGACGUCUGUGGCAUGGUUUGCAUUGGCCCCAAUGUGCUAAUGGUCCAUAAGAGGAGUCAUACGGGGGAACGCCCUUUCCAUUGCAACCAGUGUGGCGCAUCCUUCACUCAAAAGGGGAACCUCCUGCGCCACAUUAAGCUUCACUCCGGGGAGAAGCCCUUUAAGUGUCCAUUCUGCAGCUACGCCUGCCGGCGGAGAGAUGCGCUUACAGGGCACCUCAGGACGCACUCAGUAGGCAAACCCCACAAGUGCAACUACUGCGGCCGCAGCUACAAGCAGCGCAGCUCCCUAGAGGAACAUAAAGAGCGAUGUCACAACUACCUGCAAAACGUGGGGAUGGAAAGUGGCCAGGGAGCAGAGCGCCACGGUGCAUCUCCUAUGGAUGAGUGUAAGAAUCCCGAAAUCCUGAUGGGGAACAACAUGUCUCUGAUGCCCUUUGAGAGACCGGCUGUCAUAGAGCGAUUUGCCAGCAACAUGGGCAAGCGUAAGAGCUCCACCCCACAGAAGUUUGUGGGUGAAAAGCUAAUGAGGUUUGGUUAUCCAGACUUCCAAUUUGACAUGAACAUGGCCUACGAGAAGGAAGCAGAAUUAAUGCAGUCACAAAUGAUGGACCAGGCCAUCAACAACGCCAUCACUUAUUUGGGAGCAGACGCAUUGCGGCCCCUAAUACAUCACCCUAGCGGCACCAUCUCUGAGGUGGCCCCUGUUAUAAGCUCAGUUUACUCUCAGGUCUACCAUCCAAGCAGAGUGGAGAGGCCUAUCAGCAGGGAGACAUCGGACAGCAAUGACAAUAACAUGGAUGGCCCAAUAUCCCUCAUCAGACCAAAGAGUCACCUUCAAGAGAGAGAGGCAUCCCCGAGCAACAGUUGCCUGGACAGCACUGAUUCCGAAAGCAGCCACGAGGACCGCCAGUCAUACCAAGGGAACCACGCCUUAAACUCCAAGAGGAAGCAGAGUCCUGUCUAUCCCAAGGAAGACGGCAAAGCUCUGAAUGCCACGAAGGCUAGUUUGGGAUCUUCCAAAGAUGUCUAUCGAGUCUUCAACAGUGAAGGGGAGCAGAUCAAAGCCUUCAAAUGUGAGCACUGUCGUGUGCUAUUCCUUGACCAUGUCAUGUAUACCAUCCACAUGGGCUGCCAUGGUUAUCGGGACCCUCUAGAAUGUAACAUUUGUGGCCACAGGAGUCAGGACCGCUAUGAAUUCUCCUCACACAUAGUCCGGGGAGAGCACCCCUUCCAAUAGCUGCAGAUCUGGAGAGGUGCUUCUAUGAAGUAGAACUGUACAUGAAGAAUACUGCACUUACUCACCCACCUUCCUUCAGACUUUAGGUAGCCUAAAACAAUUUAAGCUAGAUGCGUUUUUAAAGUUUACCUAAUAUCCUUUCUCCAGAAUAACCCCCCAAGAAAAAAACUUUUCACUCCACUCUCGUGAAGCAGUCUACGGAGCGCCUACCAUACGUUUUUUGGUAUUGCCUAUUGAACUGUUUGCUUUGCUGGAGUUUGUUGUGAGUUCUGAAAUAGCUGUGCUAUUCCAUACACUGAACUUCUAGUUGAGGUCAGGCUUCAUAAAACAUUUCUUUUAGUUUUGAUUUAGCUCAAAUUCUUUUCAGCGCUGGUUGGCGAUUCAGCAGUGGGGGGGACCCUGCCCCUCUAGCCACAGACUACCAGGCUACAACCUUAGUGGUCACCAGCAGGCGACGUUACCUAUGUCUCUAGUUCUCCCCUUUAUGCAGCAGUUCUGUUGUCUCUGAAUUACAGUGUGUUACAUUUGAAGCAUCUGGGAUUGAAUUUGGGUGAGUGAUAAUGGCAGUUGGAAGACCAACGCAACUGUUACACACAGCCUACCUAUAUGCUGCUAGCUGUCCAUUGCAGCAGAGAAGACUCCUCAUCCGAAUUUAAUGCUUUCGAUUAUUUGUACACAUACUCCCCCCUGCGUUUUAUAUCCGUCUAUUUUAAGGUUGUUAAGAUAUUUGGGAUUUCUUAACCAUGCAUUCUUGUUGUGUAAAAGUUGUGGAAACUGCAUACAUACGAUGGUUUUUUAAAGCCAAUCUCUCUGCCAGUGAGCGAAAGGGCGAUCAUUUGCCCUUCCCCGAGACCCCCUGCUAAUUAGGCAUCCUAAAAUUACGUCAGCACCAGGCUGUUGAGGCUGUUCGUCACAGACGUACAAUCCUAUCUAGGAUUCUGUUACAGUCUUCAGGUUUUCUUAUGAAUAAUUUGAAUUUGUAACUAUAUAUAUAUAUAUAUAUAUAUAUAUAUAUAUAUGGAAAAUCCCUAAUCUAAUUUGUCUUGGGAACACCACCGAUGGGUAGAUUUACUAAGCAGAGCAUUUGAAAGCUGUCACAGCGGUUUCGGACACUGGAUAUAAAGGGGCAAUAAUAUUGAAUAAGAAAUACGUCUGAUUUUGCAGUUAAUAUUUUCAGCCCUUUAAAUUCAGCAGUUGAAACAGCCAAAGUCACUGGAGAUCUAAAAAAAAAAUGCAGAAUGUAGUUGAUAAGCAGUAUUCCGGGGUCGAUAUAUGAAAUGCACCAGUGCUUUGCUCUUUGCAGUAGAUAACUAAAAUGUUUUUAUUUUUUUAGCAGUGCAACUGGUGUAUGCUGCAUCUCCGCAAUAAUGUGGUGAGCAUGAAACUGUGGGCCUAAUUCAGACCAGAUCGCUCCUCUGCAAAUUUGCAGAGGUCUGCGAUCAGAUAGUCGCCGCCCAGAGAGAGUGAAAACUAGCCCCUUGCAAGUAUGUGAAUGCAUGCGUACGCCGUGUGAAAACUUUGCCAGACAGCGGACAUCUGCAAAUCCGUUCGCAACUCACUCACCAUCGAAUAAUUUUUCCAGUCUGUGCAUAGCCCAGGACCUACUCCUACAGUGCGAUACACACAGGCUGAUCGGGGCCAGAGCUGACGUCACACACCGUCUCAGAAAAUGCUUGGGAACGCCUGCGUUUUUCCUGGCACUCCCAGAAAACGGCCAGUUACCACCCCCAAACAUUCGCUUCCUGUCAAUUAACUUGUGUAUGCCUAGCGAUCUAAAUUUUCACACCAUUCUGGUGCUGUUUGGGCUUGCGCCUGCGCAUUGCGAUGCAUACGCAUGUGCAGUCAUUCGAUAAUCGAUCGCUGAGCGAUGUCGCACAAAAGCGAUCAGGUCUGAAUUAGGCCCUAUGUUCCAGAUUGUAGUUCGACAGACACAUGUCACAAAAACAGCUAAGAAAAUACAUAGGGGGAGAUUUAUCAAAUCUUGGAGAUAAAGUGGAAAAGUUACACAUACCAACCAAUCCACUACUGACAUUUUACUGGCAGUUCAAGAUUAAUGACAGUUAGAAGCUGAUUGAGCAACUUCACUUUUAUCUCUCUCCAAGAUUUGAUAAAGGUUGGCUUUCCACAUGUACUAUAAAUACAAGGCAGUCCCAUGUCUUUUGCUGUCUAUACAACCAGCAUGUGUCAUUGUGUCUCCAGUGUGUGAAUUGUCACAAAAAAAUUUACAUUAUUUGUGGUGUAUUGGGAGGAAGCCUUAAAUUGCUGGACUUAGGACUGUGUAACCUGUAAUUAUUAUUUUAUCCUUUAUUUAUAUGGAGCCACAAGGGGGUUGUUGCACCUUUCUAAAAAGUAUACAAGCUCUUGUAAUGAGAGAAAAUAUUCUCUGGUCUUCUUGAUGAAGCAAUUUAGAGCUGUAGUCCUGUUAAACACAAGGGAUCAAUUGUAACAUACAUAUCUACAUUAUUUUGGCAUAUCCACCACUAAUUUACAUUGGAAAAGCAAAUAUGGUAUUGGACAAAACCUGUAACUUUACCAUAUUUUACUAUAAAACUAUUUUUAUGUAGUGCUUCUGAUGAAGAUAGGAAAUUUCCAGAUUGUGCGCUUAUAAGUGCUGGCAAGUGCUAAGAAAACGGAAAUUCAAACAAUCCCAAGUGGUCUAAGUAACUUUAAGUUGUAGCUCAUUUGGUUUGUAUGUGGGUUGAGCUGUUUGUGAUAGACUGUAUUGUUUUUCCCGUUGUUGGAUCUUAUUAAGAGGCAGCUCAGUUGGUCAUACGGGAUUGUCCCUGACUCCAGAAUUGGGUUAGGUGUUUCUAAAUGGUAGGGUACAGGAUGCCGGCGUACAGAACACUGACAGCUGCAUCCGGACAGUCAGAAUCCUGACACAUUUUAGUAAGUCUGCUAACCCUUCUCCUUACCCAAACUCUCCCUACCGCAGCCUAACCCUAUCCCUCCCCCUGGUGCCUAACCCAAACCCUCCCCCACCACACACACACACACACACACACACACACACACACACACAGCCUAACCCUAAACGUACAUGCAGCCUAACCCUAACCUCCCCCUCCCGCAGCCUGACCCUACCCCUCCCCUUGUGACUAACCCUAAUUCCCCCCCCCCCCCCCCCCCGCAGCCUAACCCUCCCCCCCCCCCGGUGCCUAACCCUAACCUCCCCACCACACACGCACAGCCUAACCCUAAACGUGCCUGCAGCCUAACCCUCCCCUUCCGCAGCCUGACCCUAACCCUCCUCCUAGUGCCUAACCCAAACCCUCCCCCACCCACACACACACACACACACACAGCCUAACCCUAAACGUACAUGCAGCCUAACCCUAACCUCCCCCUCCCGCAGCCUGACCCUACCCCUCCCCUUGUGCCUAACCCUAAUUACCCCCACCCCGCAGCCUAACCCUCCCCCAGGUGCCUAACCCUAACCUCCCCACCACACACACACGCACAGCCUAACCCUAAACGUGCUGCAGCCUAACCCUCCCCUUCCGCAGCCUGACCAUAACCCUCCCCCUAGUGCCUAACCCAAACCCUCCCCCACACACACAGCCUAACCCUAAACGUGCCUGCAGCCUAACCCUCCCCUUCCGCAGCCUGACCCUAACCCUCCCCCUAGUGCCUAACCCAAACCCUCCCCCACACACACACACACACACAGCCUAACCCUAAACGUACAUGCAGCCUAACCCUAACCUUCCCCUCCCGCAGCAUGACCCUCCCCCUCCCCUAGUGCAUAACCCUAAUUACUCCCACCCCGCAGCCUAACCCUCCCCCCGGUGCCUAACCCCCCCCCCAACACACACACACAGCCUAACCCUAAACGUGCCUGUAGCCUAACCCUCCCCUUUCGCAGCCUGACCUUAACCCUCCCCUAGUGCCUAACCCUAUUUACUCCCACCCCGCAGCCUAACCCUCCCCCCCAUUGCCUAACCCUAACCUCCCCCUUCCCCCACACACACACACAGCCUAACCCUAAAUGUACCUGCAGCCUAACCAUAACCCUCCCCUUUCGCAGCCUGACCCUAACCCUCCCCUAGUUCCUAACCUAAUUACUCCCACCCCGCAGCCUAACCCUAACUUUCCCCCUCAUACUUAUGUUCAGGAUGCUGACUGUUGGGAUUCUGGCAUCUGGAUUCUGAGUGCUGUCGGGAUUCCGGCAUCAGUCUUCUGACUGCCGGAAUCUUGGCCAUCGGGAUACCAAAUACAUCCCGCUGACAAAACAUUUCAAAAAUAUAAUUUCUAGGUCUAGAUUCUGAUCUUUUUGCAUGUCUAAUUCAAUUAACCAAGAGGUUCCGACACCGGCAUGAUGCAUUGUGUUUACGUGUGAUGUCUAGGUAAUGAUCUGUGCUUAUUAUUUGCGGUGUGACGAAAAUGAGCAACGUAUUUGUUACUGUAAUUGAUACUAAUGUACGCUACAUUACUACAGAUCUACACAGCUCAUUGAAGCGGCCCCAUUGUCUUGGUUUAUUGGUCCUGUAAAGGGAGGAAAAUAUGCACAUUUAGGGGUCUAUUCAUGAAGCGGUGAAAAGAGUGGAGAAGUGAGCCAGUGAAGAAGUUGCCCAUGGCAACCAAUCAACAUUGAAGUAACAUUUAUAAUUUGCAUACUGUACAAUUGUACGGAGCAGCUGAUUGGUUGCCAUGGGCAAUUUCUCCACAGGCUCACUUCUCCGCACUUUUCAUUGCUUCAUGAAUAGACUCCUAAGAGUGAAAGUGAAGAUACCCUGAUAUUGAGAUAUAUAUAUAUAUAUAUAUAUAUAUAUAUAUAUAUAUAUAUAUAUAUAUAUAUAUAUCAGAUCUUAGAAAGCUGUACUCAGCAUAAGCACCUAUAUUUCCAUACAGGGACUUCCUCCAUUGUUAGUCUAUCUUGCACUUACCUUUUUCUGUGAAAGAAAGAUGACCUAUUUCACCUCAUAAUCUUUGUUGAUUUUGGAAAGGGAACUGCCUGUGUUCUUGGGUUAAAUAAUAUUGCUCAUAGUAUGCUGUGGGGAAGAAAAUUGUUGUGUUGCCGUAUUGCUCCAUAUUUGCGGUUGUAGGUGGAACGUAGUGACCCUUUAAAUUCAGCUGCUGUCCUUAUGUUAGCUGGUACUUGAUGCAGGCUUGGCUUCCCUAUGUUUGUAUUGCCUGUAUCCAGCAUUUACACACAACGGGGGCAGCCGCUGGUUCCUAAUUAUCACACUGCUUUCAUGAAUGUAUGUUGAGCUGGCACAAUGGCUUCAUCCAAUGUAUGUAGGAUAUAGAUGCAUUUUAAAAAUUGAACCUUUUAAAAAAUGUAGAAGAUUAUAACUAAAAGUCAGUGAAAGAACUAGUUUAAUAAUUUAUCUGAACGUUCAGAUAUACCCACUGUAGCCGCAUGUCUCUGGGUCAGGGCAAGAUCAACAAUGGGAUGGAUGGAACUACAGCCACAGUCCCCCCAUAAAUAUAGUCCCAUCAUCAAGACAGCGUGAUGACCGGACGCCCAGCUGGACACACGGCUGCCAUAAAUUAUAAAUAUUAAAAUUGUAUUUCUAUUUUUCUCACAAAAUUAAGCAAUUUUCUACUUGUACACAUCUACGGAGAUAUUGGAGCUGAUAGUGUUAGGAUGGACCCGCCCACACGGCACUGGUCACACCCACAUGGCAGUCACCACACCCACACAGCACUGGUUGCACCCACACAACAGUGGCCACACCAAUAGAGCAAUGGAUACGCCCACCUGGCACUGGCCACACCCACACAGCACUGGUCAUAGUUCCUCUGCUAUCUCACAAUAGGCACUUGAUCAUUUUCAGCCCCAGGCACAUGUGUUCUUUAAUCCGACCCUGUCUCGUGUCUUUCCAGUAGUAGUUAUACUGGGGUAGUGAAGAACUCUCCCCACUUAAUUGACUUUCAGAAUUGGUAGUCAUGUGAUUCAGCUGUACCCAUCAUACACAGAAAGAGUCUUCUCACUGUUCAUUAGACCUUUGUUAGUGAGGCAGGCCCUGCAAACUAGAGGGGAUGGACCAUUAUUUGUCAGAGUUCGCUGUUUGGCCCAUUGUGUGAAAGGAAAAAAAGCUUCAUUCUAGUAGCCCACAUUGAGCCACUGUAUUGCAACACGAGACAUGUUGAUGAAACUCUUGGUGGACUCCAACGAGGAUAUUACUGUCUCUCCUAACCUUGGUACGCACUGGAGCCAUGUCGGCCAGAUAUGUUGUUUCCGGCUGAAUCGGAACGACAUAUCCAGCCGCAUUGUUCAGUGUGUACAGCCAAUCUGCCCGCUCCCGUGGUCGUAAACGAUAUCUUCUGGUUGGCUAUGCGGUGUCUCUAUUUAAUGUUGCGCCAUGCAGUGUAAUAAAGGACGGAACAAGGUAACGUUCUGUCCUUCGUUAAAUCGUUCCACAAAUAUGAUGUGGCGUCCGCCAUAUUGUCGGAGGACACAUUGCUGCAGUGUGUACCCAGCUUAACCGUCGUUGCCAGCGACCAGGAACUAGAAUAUUUCAAGCAAUGUUAUUUCCUAGCAUGCCGGUCUUAUUGAAGAGUCAUCUGAAUUUCUGGGAGCGAGUGAAGGUGCUCGGUGCUCGUCCUUACACUGUAAGAUGUUAUUAUGAAACUGAUCUACUGAUUUCUCUGUACUUUUGUCAUUUUAUGUUCCUGCAAGUUUUCACUGGAGCUUUCGGCCGUUGCGUUGGCUGCAAUGGGAGAGCAGAUGUAUGUUACAGAGGUAUUGCUGGGCAUAUGAAAACGGGUGUUUAGCAUGUUACAUAUCUGAUACUGUAUGUUUCCUAAAUGUGAAGGGUAUAAAUGCUUUUUCUCCUGUACGUCGCUCAAAGUUUCCCCAACCUUUCUAUAACUUGAGCAGUGAUAGCCCAUGGGGACAAACCUAUGGAUUUUCAUAAUGCACUGCGCCUGGAUGUGGGUCUCUAAACCCCAGACUUACCUCAAGUGACACUCCAGAGUGUCUGAAGAGGAUGCGUCACUUUGUCCCUUUCGCUAUGCACUUAACUGGUGUCUAACAUCGCUGCACAAUGUAUCAAAGCGUGGACUCUUAUGUAUCUUUUCUUAUACUGUGAUCAACAAUAGAACUCCAGGGUCAUCACUGCUGGGAUUGUCGUAGCCACGUUCUAGCCACAAUUUCAUGUAGCAACAUUUCCAAACCGGUAUAUUAUUACAGUAGGUGUGUGCCGCAACUAAAGUGUAUUGUUUUGUAUAUAUAUCUUUUUGGGGCUGCUUAAGCCAUCACCACCAGAUGACUUAUACAUUAAUUUAUGUUCUUUUACACGCCCCCCUACACAUUUUACUAAAUGCAUUGCUUUGUUUCUAUUUGGGGUUUCUAUUCUGUGCUUUUCAGUCAUGCAUUUAUAUAAUCGGGGGAAAAGUCGAUCUGGUGUUUUCACUUGAUUCCGUACAGCUGUGUCAUGUGCAGUAGCAACAGAAAUAGGAGGACUAGAAAAGGAGGCCAGGAAACAUAAGCAAUGUACAAUACUUAGUAAAAUGUUUUGCAGCUGUAACAUUGAAUAACCUUAAAAGAUAGUCUUAUCCAGUGACAAAGAAACAGCAGCUCCCAUUAUGUUAAUUAAUAAUGCAUUUAUAAAGAUAUUUCAUAUAAUAUGUAAAAUGACAUUGAAGUGACUCUUCAAUUUUCUUUCAGUUAAUUUCAACACGUAGCUUUUUAUUUAUACUGAUGUGUACAGCUACAGCCAAUAGAGAACUGUUAGUCCCAUUUUUACAACUUAUAUAUUAUAUGAAGGCCUUACCAGAUACGUUAUCAUAAGCAAAGGUUCAUGUAGGACAUUGGAAAAGCUCAGUGCAAUGACAUUUUGCGAAGCCCAUGCCUACUUUUGCACAGAUGCACCCUGUUUUUCGGGAAAGCUCAUAGUGCUACCUGGGGGUGCAAAGGUUUGCACCGUGUGACUGGAACAGAGGGGCAGUUCCAAAGCCUCGGAAGUUGGCACCUUGAAAUGCGCCAUCUGGAUGCACAUGCGCACUGUUCAUAGUUUGUAAAUGACCCUUAGUGAGGGGUAUUAAGUAACAUUGCCUAACGUACCCUGGUGCCCUGGAUAGAUAAAAGCUAAUUGUUAAUUGCCCGCUAUGGUUUAUUGCACAUUUGCACUUACUGUAAAUGCUAUGUUAGUAAAUAUUCUAACAUAAAUGACAAAGCCCAAUUGUUAUAUUUCACACAGCAUAUUAAACUACAGUACAAGUACAGUAUGUAGUAGUUCUCCAUUAAAUUAUAUAUCCCAUCACACUCACUGACAGAAAAGGGGCCAAAGGUGAUAUUUCAACAGGUCACUUGCCUUUUGGUUGGUUUUACCAUUGUCGUGAACUCUGAAAGCAACAGUGAUCUACAUACUCUUCUGUCAAACACGUUUGGUCAUUGCUUGUACAGUCUGUUUACAUAUUUUUGUAAUGAAAUGUAGUUUUGUAUUUAAAACGAAGAAAAGGCAUGGGCAACUGGAAGCAAAAUGUGUAGAUGAUCCGCGUAGUCCGAAUUCUUAUGGUACAUAAUCUUUGUAAUGCAUUAACUAGAUAAUCUGGUAACGAUCUCAUUGUAUAAACUGUAUAAUUGCCUUUUUGUUCUCCUCAAUUUAAAAAUUCUGGUUGUAUAUUUUGUUUUUGUGUUGUUCUAAAAUGCAUAUCUUUGUACAAAAAAACCUGGAAGCUUUUAAUUCAUAUAUUUAGGAAAACAAUUUAAAAUUGUAAAGUUGUAAAUGUUCUUAUACAGUUGUUUUCCCGUGGGAAGAACUGUGCUUUAAAUAUAAAUACAUAUAUAUAAAUUUAUGGUCACAUUCCAGCAGUUGAUGGGGAAUCUCUCAAAUUCUGUUUUAUUCCAAUACGUUUUUGUUUUUAUUCAUUUUAUGUGGAAACUGAAUAUUUACCUCUUAACAUGGGAACAAAAUAUAAAAUCACUUUUAAAGAAAUGAUUUAUGGUAUUAGACAAUUUUAGGAUUAUUUUCAAAUCUGUACUUAAACACAGGGCCGCCGAGAGUGGGUACGAAUUACCCAGGCCAGUGCUUAGCCCAGCAGAGACCUGGCUUGGGACAGCUGCUAAGGAUUUUGCCGCUGGCGUCCCUUGUGGAACACUGUAUUUUUUUAAGCAGGCCUCCCUGGAUUUGGCCACGCCCCCCCUCAGUACCCAUGCCCAUAGCUACUCUCGGCUGCCCUGCUUCUAAAACCAUUUAAUUUAUUGAUCAUGUCUAAUAACUUCUGGCUCUGAAUACUGUGCAAGAGGUGACACAUAAAGAUUUUCUAUUAGUUUAUUUGUCACCUAUAAACCGAAUUUUUGUUUCCAUCCUUCUCAGUGGUUAGCAGAGCAUGCUGGGGUUUGUAGUUCAACAACAUCACAAGAAGCUACCUCUAAUUUAUAGUCAUUUGCAAAUGGCGCUGUAACCUAUCGCAAACUCCUCUCGUUUGUAGGAUGUUGCGUGAUCUGUGCUUCAUUUAAUCAAACCAACAGAUUGUAUUCCACGUUCCCAAUUUGAAAGGUAAAUGUUGAGACACACAUGCCUGCUUGCCCUCACUUCAUGCACUUUUAGGGGUAUACAACUGGAAAGCAGAUAAUGUGAUUUUCUAUGUGCAUGUCCUGCGGGAAGGGCUGGCGCCCAACCCCAGGUGUAACAUGUUCUUAUUUUAUAUUGUACCCACUAAUCUGGGAUCUUUGCUGCCCUACUGAGUGAAUGUGCUUGUGUAUGCAUUGGGGGAGGGGUGGUACGUAGGAGCCUUUUGUGUUAAUAUAUGAAACGGGGGUCUUUUAUCAAAUUGAGAGUUGUAAUAAUUUGAUUGCACAACUACUGGAAUAAACUUUUCUAGGGAAUCUCAGGAACCAAUGUA